AUGUCGGCAGAAUCACCUCACACGGAGGGAGAGAAGGAUCCUAAGACCUACGCGGUGCCUGAGACCAAUGGCAACGACGUUGAGCAGGGCGAUCAUGGUAUCGUCGUCAAGGCGAAUCCUCUCUCAAGAGAGUUGAAGGGCCGUCAUAUGCAGAUGAUUGCCAUUGGUGGUGCCAUUGGAGCAGGUCUCUUCGUCGGAUCUGGGGGUGCUUUGGAAACUGGUGGACCUGGUAGUUUGGUACUUGGUUACAUCAUUAUCGGUUCUAUGUUGCUAUGCACAGUUCAAGCUCUUGGAGAAUUGGCUGUCUUGUUCCCCGUCAACGGCGCUUUCUUCACCUAUAUCGUCCGAUUCGUGGAUCCGUCUCUUGGAUUCGCUGUAGGAUGGGAUUACGCGAUUGGCUGGUUGACCGUCUUACCCUUCGAACUCACUGCUGCUGGUAUCACGAUCCGGUUCUGGAGAGACGACAUCAAUAUCGGUGUGUGGAUUGCCGUAUUCUUGUUCCUGCUCUGUGUUAUUCAAAUCUUCGGUGUCCGUGGAUAUGGCGAAGUCGAAUUCAUCCUCUCCACGAUCAAAAUCAUGGGCUGCGCCGGAUUCAUCAUCCUUGCCAUUAUCAUUGAUUGCGGCGGAGUUGGUAACCAAGGAUACUUGGGCGCGAAAUACUGGCACAACCCAGGAGCGUUCAACAACGGAUUCAAGGGCUUCUGUUCAGUCUUCGUGGUUGCUGCAUUCGCAUUCGGAGGCACUGAGCUUGUUGGCCUUGCCGCUGCCGAAGCUGCGAAUCCCCGAAAAUCACUCCCACAGGCUACAAAGCAGGUGUUCUGGCGUAUCAGUUUCUUCUACAUCUUGUCAUUGUUCCUUCUCGGAUUGAUUGUGCCGUCUGAUAACCCGAACUUGUUGAACUCCUCGGGAGCGAACUCCAAGUACUCCCCGUUCGUUAUCGCCAUCCGUCUUGCUGGUAUCAAAGCGCUCCCUUCGAUUUUUAAUGUUAUCAUCACCAUCUCCGUUAUCAGUGUCGCUAACUCGUGCACUUUCGGAUCUACUCGCACAAUGCAAGCUCUUGCUGAGCGAGGGAUGGGACCAGCUUUCUUGGCCCAUGUAGACAAGCACGGCCGACCUAUCUGGGGUGUCGCUAUCCAGCUUCUUUUCGGACUUCUCGCUUUCAUCGGAGAGGCAAAGAAUGCUACUACUGUUUUCAACUGGCUCUUGUCCUUGUCUGGUCUCUCAUACUUCUUCGUUUGGGGAUGUAUCUGCCUGGCCCACAUCCGAUUCCGAUCUGCGUGGAAGGCUCAAGGUCAUGUCAAGGCGGAGCUUCCGUACGAAGCUAUCUUCGGUGUCGUGGGUAGCUGGUAUGGCUUCCUCCUCAACAUUCUUUGCAUGAUUGCAACCUUCUACACAGCCCUUUACCCUGUCGGUGGAAAGCCAGACCCUCAAGCAUUCUUCCAAUCCUACCUCGCAGGUCCGAUCAUCGUCGCCCUCUUUAUCGGAUGGAAGCUGUACUCCCGAAUCUGGUCCUGGUACGUCCCUGCACACGAGAUGGACAUCACGUCCGGCCGCCGCUCCCUCGAACUUGACCCUGAUGACAUGCCGCCAAAGAAGACGUGGAGGAACAUGCCAAUGCGCGCGGUGCGUGCGUUGUUCUAA